GCGCAUGCGCGCUGGGCCGGGAGGGCGGCCGGAAGCAUGGAGGUGGGCGCACGUGUGUCGGCGCUGUCUGUCUAUCGCUCCGUGGCCGGAGCGGGGCCGGGGCUGGAGCGGCGCGGGCUGCCGCUGUCCCCGCGGAGCCGCCGGGUGAGGAAGCGGCUGAAGCAGAGCAGGAGAGCGGGGGCCGGGAGCUGUCCUGCCCCGCCGCCGCAGCCCGGAGCGCCCGGCCCCAGCCCGGAGGCCGCCGGGGGGAAGCUGGGGAGGAGGUCCGUGCCCGCGUUGCAAGGCCAGGGGUCCGAGGUGAAGGAGACCCGCCCAGUUCCGGCGCCCCGCGCUGCAGCAGCAGGAGGGAGGAGCCCCGAGUUGCAGGCCGUGCUGCGGGAGCUGGGCGAGGUGGCGCACAGCAGGCAGCGUGGAGCCCGGCUGUUCCAAUGGAUGCUGGCCCCGGUGUCCCCGCAGCACUUCUUGGAGCAGAGCUGGGAGAAGCAGCCCCUCCUGAUCCAGCGGCACCAGCCCAGCUACUACCAGGGGCUCUUCUCCACAGCAGAGCUGGAUGACAUCUUGCGAGGCGGCCGCGUGCGCUUCGGGCUCCACCUGGACGUGACCAGCUAUGUGGCCGGAGUCCGGGAGACCCACAACCCUGUGGGCCGGGCACUGCCAGCCGCUGUGUGGGACUUCUAUUGCCGCGGCUGCUCCCUGCGGCUGCUAAACCCGCAGGCCUUCUCUGCCACUGUCUGGCACUUCCUCUCCAUCCUCCAGGAGCAGUUCGGGAGCAUGGUGGGUGCCAAUGUGUACCUGACGCCCCCUGGCACGCAGGGCUUCGCACCCCACUAUGACGACAUCGAAGCCUUUGUGCUCCAGUUGGAAGGGAAGAAGCACUGGCGUGUCUACGCCCCGCGCAGUGAGGCUGAGGUUUUGCCCCAGUUCUCGAGCCCCAACUUUGCUCAGUCGGAAAUUGGGGAACCUGUUCUGGAGACCGUCCUUGAAGCUGGCGACCUGCUGUACUUUCCACGUGGGUUUAUCCAUCAAGGGGACUGCCUGCCUGAUGCACACUCACUCCACAUAACAGUAUCCUCCUACCAAAGGAACUCCUGGGGAGACCUACUUGAGAAACUCCUCCCAGCUGCCUUGCAGAUGGCCAUAGAGGAAGAUGUGGAGUACAGGCAAGGGCUCCCUUUAGACUACCUGGAAUACACAGGGGUCCAGAACUCAGACAUGGUUGAUUCUCGCCGACAUGCCUUUAUGGAAAAGGUGCAAAGUUUGAUGAAGAAGCUGGUGGAUUAUGCACCAAUCGAUGCCGCAGUGGAUCAGAAAGCUAAGUCGUUUCUUCAUGAUUGUCUUCCUCCAGUGCUAACAGAAAGUGAAAGGAUGCUGAGUGUACAUGGGCUUCCAGCCAGAUGGGAAGAUGGAGGUGCCCUUGAUGUUGAUAUACCAAUAAAAAAAGAGACUCAGGUACGGCUGCUCCAUCAUGGUGUCCUUAGAUUGUGUAAUGAUGAAAACAGCGUGGUGCUGUAUUACACAACAGAAAACUCAAGAGUGUACCAUGAGGAGGAGCUCAAGUACUUGCAGAUAGAUCCUGAGUUCACAGAUGGCAUCGAAUUUCUGCUUACUUCCUAUCCAAAGUAUGUCACUGUGAACACCCUUCCAUGUAACUCUGUGGAUGAAAAGGUUUCCUUGGCCACAUUUUUGUUUGAGAAAGGCUUGUUGAUUACCAAGAAACCUCUAGUAUCUGUGUAGCUGUUUGUAUUAUGAGCAAAAUAAACGCAGAUUGAUUUGGAAAGAAAUAAA